AGUCUGAGGGAUCCAGACCUGGUGAACUAAACCCGUUAUAGUUUGUUAACCUGGUGAUACAUCCAUCAAAUUGUGCUGAUAUAUUCCACACCUGGCUUGGGGUAAAAUGUGAAAACGGUAAAUUUAUCACACAGAUAAUAGAUAAGCCGUAUAAAGCAAACAAGCGGCGCUUUGAUUGGCGUGACAAAUAUCACCCCUUUCGGCAAGCUGAGAGAUUUGCGACAAGAUGUGUGACGCGGACAAAGUUUCCGACAUUCUGGAUGAGGAAAUUAUCAGUAAACUCUGUGACUGUGGGCGCCAUAAGAAGAAGUUUCCUCAGAUUGCUCAGAAGAAGAACCAUGAGCCCCUGGAGACAGCUUAUGGGGCGACAUUCCGGGAACACCCGGAAGUCCGGCCUAGAUCCAGCAAACGCCCGCCGCCCUCACCACGUGACAUGAACCCUCCACCCAUGUCUUUUGUUACAAAUCAACGCUCCCAAUUCCGUCCAUUUAGAAAUGUAGAAAAGGCUAAGCUUUUGAGACAGGAGGAAACAUACCAUCCGCCCUCGGGCCGCAUGGAGUUCGAUACCAACUAUGGGCGGGAGUUCAUCUUUAAAGAAUCAGAACCGUCGACCCGGCGUGUGGCAGGCCCAUCUGAUACCCGUGAGCCCGUGUCAGGCUCUAUGACGUCCCUCACCACAGCCAGGGAGCACUUUAAGCAAUGGGUGGCUCAACCCCAAAUGGCUUUUCAGGAACUUCCCAGUUUUGCCGGGUCUAUAUUAUAUCCGGACAAAAACCCUCUUCCGGAGAGUACGUGUAGGAACUCUUACAAGGGCAAAUACGUGCCUCCGUUGGACACGACCAAGGCCUCGGCGGCGGCGACUAACAUAGUCAUUGAGGGUGACAUGGACCUCGGUACAACUGCCCGAGAAGCGUACAAGGGAUUUACAGGCCACCACAGGGCUGUGCCCGCCAAUCCACGAUCACGGAUCAACAAUUACCCCAAGGGACGCUUUAGUGGCGAGACACAGACUAGGCACGACUAUGGAGGUUUUAAGGAUGGAAUUCAGCCCUCACCCCCCAAGCCCAUUGACCCUCCUCCACCGUGUAUUGACCUCACCUUUGACAACAGGCGUUGUUUUGACACCGAACAGAGAGCGACGUUUAGAGGCCACGACAUCCGCCAACACCCAGUCUCAGAGAGUUGUAAAAGGGACAAAGAGAACUACCAGCCACCGACUGUCAAGUUUGAGACACAGACUUCUCAACGGAGGGACUACAUGCCCAUAGACCUGGAGUCCGCUUUCACCGCCCGAGCAACGAAACCAGAGCCCAAGAUUCACCAAGGAGAGUUCAAGUUUGAAGGUACCACAAUGAAUAAGGUGUUCUUCCGUAACUGGGGUCCGCAGAUGAACCCCAGGCCCCGUUAUGGGGACUUCCACGAAAGUCACAGCUAUGUCCCCUCCACGGAACCUUUUUCUGGGGAAUCUACCACCCGAAGAACCUACACCCCUAAAAGAUCUGAGGCAACCAAGAACUACAAACCCGACAACAAACCCAAACAGGUGAUAGGGAACUUCGACUUCGACACAGAGUACAGACUGUCUUACAUAAGCAAAAAGGCGCCCAUUUGUAAAGCACAGGCUUACCUCAUGGAGCAGGAACUUAAACGCCGCAAAGGUGUCCCCAAAAGCACCGAUGGCGUCUGGAAAGGCCGUCAGCGUGGGCCUGUAAAUGUGCUUGUAAAGGUUUCGACUUAACGACGUUUCGGUCGAAAUGGUAAUGGCUUUCGUUCUGUUCAAAGGUUUUUCGAAAUAUAUAUCGCUUCCGUGAAUGUUUUUUAUAAAUUGUUCGUCCUACCAUAAGGCAUGCACGCCCCAGUUUAGAUUUGAUUGGACAUAUAACGCAUUCCUCCUAUUCCUAUUGGGACACACCUUGAUUCCUACUGGGACACACCUCAAUCAACGUUAGUCCAAGUUUUGCGAUCUGCUGUGUAUUUACGGACAACGCGAAGUCCACGAAAUGGACCUGUAUACCCCUCCCCACUUCCCAGACGCCAAGUCAUAUUCCCGAGGACAACGAUUACGUGUAGCCUACAGACAAAAAUUAAGUCAACUAACUCCCAUCGAUUUCAAGACGACCAUGUCCUUAAACGGUCUCGCGAGUAUUAUUCGGUAAGACAGGAUUUAACCAAUAAAUGAAAUUCUGUGAAGUGUUUUUCAUGUCAUAGAAUAUCUCCGUUAUGAAAUGUGCACGUUUUCGAAGUGUCAGUAUGGUUGUAUGGACACAAUGUAAUUUAACUUUCCUUGUAUGAAAGAUUCAACAUACACGUUGGCUUUGUCCGGUAUAUAAAUGCUUACUGCAUAUCCGUGGUAUGCUCUGUAAAU